AUGGAUUGGUUCAGGAAAAAGAACGACGAGGACUCGUUGGAGCUAAGAAAAUCCCAGGCGGCAAACGCAAAGGUGAAGCUAACUGAUAUGCUUUACAAUGGUGGGAAGCUUCAGCCUGAUCAGACAGUUUUUUCCAGCGAGGGAGAAAAGAAAGCAGGAGAGUUCAGCGCGGAGCUCAAUCGCCAACUCAAAGAGAAGGAGGAGCGGAUAUUGCGAAAUAAGCGAAUCAGAAGCAGGGAAGAGCCACUGAAGGAGAACGCCAAUGCUCGUCCAAGGCUCGAGCUAGAAAAGGUUGAAUUGCAGGAGCUUAGGCGCCGAGUGAGCAAGCUAGAAGGGUUAUUAGAGGACGAGAGGCUCCGGCGGGGGCUUCUGGAACGGAAGCUGGGCGAGGAAAGAAGAGAAUUGGAGCUGCAGAGAGACGAGCUUGAGAGACGUAAGCAAGACUUGAGUGCACACGAAAAUCAGCAGGAGUCGCGGAUCGAGAGGCUCCAACGAAGAUACGAGGAGAUCAUACAGGAAAGCGAGUCAUGGAAAAUUGAAAAGAAAAGGCUGGAGGCCAAACUUGAUGCGAAAAAUAUGGAAUACAGACAGUUGGAGCAGAAGUUGGGAGACCAGCGGCUUUUGCAGCGCAAGACAGAAAAGCUGGAAUCCGUAAUUGAACGGCAGGAAACCGAGAUCAGGAAACUGAAAAAUAUGCUCAGGGCUAAAGACGAGGAAUGCGAGGACUUGCUAGUGAAAAACAGACAGCUGAAAAGAAAGGUCCAGACCUUACAGAAUAAUGACCCGCCUGCGAGAAAACCAGAGCCCGCGAUGGAAUCGACUCUGGACACAGAGCUGCUACACAAGCUUUCCCUGAGCGAGAUAAUCAGGGGUGCAGCAAAACAGCGCCAGUCGUCCGAUCUCAAGGAAGCAGACUACGACUUGCUGGAAAGUCCCUCAUUGUGGGCUCAGUCCCCUUCCACAACAACUCUGUUCCGUUCCAAGCCAGCGGAAAAUACGGACUAUUUGCUAAACUUGUAA